UCCCACGAGCAGCAACGACCGCCACAGGCACCACAGCCGGCGCGUUCCUCCGCACCCCCUAAAUUAAGGUUCACCGUCCUGGUUGUGUGCCCGCACUUGUUUCAAGUUCGACCUCCGAGGGUGGCCGGGGACGGACCGGGAGGUGGAGGUGUCGGAGUCGGGAGGGUGGGGACCGAGCGGGAGUCGCGCCGUUCCGGAUCCACACGAUCCGCUCCGCGUGUUCCUCGCAACAUUUAAAACCUCUUCUUUAAAAAAAAAGGCACCAAAACGGCAACUGAUGAUCGCAAAGGCGGAGAGAGGUUGGUCUGCUCUGGGAGAAGUCGCCGCGGAGUGGCGGGGGUGCAGAAUGGCGUUUCCCGCAAGGUUGCAGUGAGGAGCCGAGGGGGGUGGGGGCGGGGGGGAGGGGGGAAGAGGAGAAGGGAAACUUUGGGCCGGGUCUGCCAUUUAUUCUCCCGUAACUUGCAGCCGGGAGAGAGAGAGAGAGACAUGCCUUUCCCCAAGCGCAUCUGUGAGCCGCUGCUCCUGACUCGCCAUGGCUCCGCCGAGCGGCCCGCAGCCUUUGAAGAGCUGCCCGCUGUCAGCAACCACACGCUGGCCCGGACCCUCGGGCAGCUCGCAGAACUGGCCAAGCACGCCUGCGGGCUCUUCCAGGAGAUCGAGGACGAGGUGCUGCGAAUCCACCGCCGCCUCGGUGCCGUCCAGCGGAAGAUCAGCGACAUCGGCGCGGCCGUGACCGCCCUGGACCCGAGGCAGGAAACAGUGCCGGUGUCAAACCUGGACAGGGAGAGUAAACUAACAGUCCAUUUCAGAGUUCCAUGGCAUCAGCAGAAAGAUCUACUUCACCCAUCAACCAGACCACCAUGUAUAGAGGAACUUCACCAAUGUGCCAUACAGAAACUACAGUCCCUACAUAGAGAGCAUCAGAGGCAACUCGGAGACAGAAGAUUAAUGAAACCCCCUUCAAUGUUGCCUCCACCACUGCCAUUGACACAACACAGCCACAGGCUCAGAGCACAGAGGAAGCAACGAAUCUCAAAGUUUCACAGCACUCGUUCAUCCUCCCCCACCGAAUGCUGCCAAAUGACCCCAUGGAGUAGAAAGUCUAUUCCACUAACAGAUGGUGACAGUGACAUGAUCGCUUUAGGUCAGAGACCGAAAAAUCCUAUACCGAACAUCCCUACAACACUAGACAGGCAAACAAAUUGGAGCAAAGAUCUACCUCUUCCUACUCCAGAGCAGAAGAUGCGUCAGCAGGCCCAGGCUAUAUCUUCCUCUGUUAUUCCCAUCAAUGUGACUGGAGUAGGUUUUGAGAGACAGAUCAUUGGCCGAUACUCCUUUGCUCAUCCUCAGUCAGCAUUGCAGCGAAGACGGAAGUUAAAGAGGCGAAAAACUAUCAGUGGACUUCCCAGACGUGUACAGCAAGAAAUAGCAGGUUCUGAUGAAUCCUCAGUGGCUAAAGAAAGGAAUGUAAUUGUUCAUGUUAACCCAAAUUUGGACUGUCAUGGUGACAAAGUGAAUUCUACCAGUGCCCGAUCUGGGACCAAGGACUCAGAGUGCCAGACAGAGGAUAUCCUUAUUGCAGCACCAUCAGUAAGGCGGAUCCGAGCCCAGCGGGGCAGUGGCAUCACAUCUUCCCUGUCACAUUCAGAUGGGAAUAUCACAACUCUGGCCGAUGACUCAGGCUCAAUGUUCCUUGCACCAAUCGACAACCACGUCCGUUCCCGCAGCCUUUCUCAAGAUGGUGUCAGAGUUUCACUGUUAUCUCAUGAAUUAAGUCAGGACAAUAGUGUUGAAAGCAUCAUUAGUGCUGCUGAAAAAUACUUACCGACCCCAGAAAAGACAGAAGAGGAAGACAGCGAAGCCAGUUUGUUUAACCAGAGCCCACAGAAACAUCAUUCAAUAGGUGUGACUGUUCAACCAGAACAAAACCCAGAACACGAAGACCAAGUGACAAAAAUGUCCAACUUUGUGCCAGAGCCAGACAUGGGAAACAGUGAGAUCUCUUCAAAUUCAGAUACAUUCGGGAGUCCAGUCAACAGUCUCUCCAGUGCAGGAGUUAUCUUAAGCAGUCAGAUGGAUCAAAAGGAGGACCAUCAAUCCUCCAGUGGAAAUUGGAGUGGAAGUAAUUCAACAUGCCCUUCACAGACAUCAGAGACAAUCCACACUGCGUCCUCACCACCACUGACAGGAUCUUCACACUGUGAUUCAGAACUAUCCUUGAAUACACCUGCCCACACUAACUAUGAUUCACCAGGUUUCCUUCUGGAGCAGUAUACUUAUCAAGGAGACAAAGUCAGAGGUCACAGGGCAAACUCCUUUACUUCCACAGGGACAGAUGUUGUUGAAGAUCUCAAUGCAAGUAAUGCAAGUGAUGCAGAAUGGAACUAUUUACACCAUUGCCAUGAUGCAUCUUGCAGCCAAGAUUUUAGCCCUAGGCAUUCGAGGACCAAUAGCUUAGGAUGCCCAAGUUUUGCUAGUAUGGGUACAUGUGACAGCUUUCUUGAGAGACCAUCCUCUUCCAGAACUGACUCGGGCUCACAUUUCUCUGUGGAUACUGAAGGGUAUUAUACAUCCAUGCACUUUGACUGUGGUUUAAGAACUACUAGAAACUACAUUUUUAACUAUGCAUCCACAAGCUCUGAUGGAAUCCAGAGUAUAGAAAAUGCUUCUGAACUUGGUGAGCUCCCUCCAUCGGAUCCUUUAGAAUUAAGAAAGCAGAGGUUUCGGGGCCAGAGCAUUGCUCUCAAGAAACCAAAGGCAAAACCAGCCCCACCAAAACGCAGUUCAUCUUUGAGGAAAAAUGAAAGUUAUACAAGUGAGAGCUAUCAGAACGAACCAAAGACAAGCAAUGGGCAGGAUGGGACUGUAUCUUACAGAGAUGCACAGAAGUCAUUGCAGCUUGACCUAAGUCUUGCAUCUGACGGGUUCAAAGGUCCCAUUCUACCUAACGAAAGGAAUGUUCCUUGGGAUAGUCGUAGCACAUAUGCAAAUGAUAAUGAGUUAUCAGACCCUCAGUUCACCCCAUCUGAAAUGCCAUCAUUUAAAGAUGGAAGUGCCAUGCAGUCAGAUUAUGCAGGCCUCUGGCUCUUGAAUGACUUAAAAUCUAAUGAUCCCUACAGAUCAUUAUCAAACUCCAGUACUGCAACAGGUACAACCGUCAUAGAGUGCACAAAGUCUCCAGAAGGUUCAGAAUCACAAACAUCCCAGUCUGAAUCCCGUGCCACUACUCCAUCCCUUCCCUCCAUUGACAAUGAAUUCAAGCUGUCCUCUCCCGAUAAAUUGGCAGGUUUGGCAUCACCAUCGAGUGGAUAUUCAAGCCAGUCAGGAACACCAACCUCAACUUUGCCAACACCUCUCUUUCCUGGUCCCUUGUCUCCAAACAGUGGAAAAAGAAAGCCAAAAGUUCCAGAGAGGAGGUCUUCGCUACAACCGUCUUUUGCAAGGGAUGCUAAUGUUACAAAGAAAGACCUCGAAUUACCAAUUAUACCUCCAACACAUCUUGACCUAAGUGCUCUUCAGAAUGUGUUUAAAAGCAAGCCUUCUGCUCACAGAAACCAACUGCAUAUCUCAAAUCAAAGUAAAGACAGCGAGGCAGCUGAACGACCCAAUAACAGUCCAUCAGUUUCCCUUGCCAUUACCCCAUCAGUGCUACAGUCUGUACAGCUUCGUUCUGUUAGUAAAACCAAGCAACCCAGGCAAGAAUGCCAAGAAGAACCUGGCAUAACAGAAGAACUGCCUCAUACAGAUCCUGUCACACCACCAUAUAAAACUGAACCAUAUGGUUAUAGUGCACAUAAGUGCAAUGAAUUUUCCAAUUCACCACCACAAAAAUCAUCUUCCUCAGAAGCAAACACUAACUUAUUGGAUAUGGAAAGUACUAAUGCGCUUCAAGAAAAUAAUCUGAAUGAAGAAAGUUUGACCCCUUUACCCUUGCUCUCUUCAGUGGUAAAGUCUUUAAAAGCUAAUGGGAGUCCACAGAACAAAGAGGUUGGAGAUGACCAAACAAUUGCAACAGCAAACUGUCAGGCAGUCUCCAAUAGCUGCACAGAUAUCAGUGAAGCAAAUUUGGUGAAGAAGAGCACCAUACAAGAAAUAUAUCAAGACUUGAAUAAUUCCAAUAAAGAGUCUCAGAAUGAGGUACUUGCACAAGAAAUGGGGAACCCAGAGCGACCUGAAAAAGUGCCUUCAUCAAGUCACACCAUAACAGAAACCCUAUCUGCUGCACUAUCAAAACCCACAACUGUAGAGAAAUUGGAAAGAAAACUUGACUUUGACCCAGUUAAUGAUGAUGAAACUGCAUCCCCAGACAUAAUUCAACCAGAAUCAAUAGGUGCACAGAAGCUCAGCAAAGACAGCAUUGAAGAAAAGGCAAAGAGAUUGCAAGAUGGCAGUCCAGAAACUGUUCCUGAUGCCACAAGAACUGCUGAAGCUCUGUGUGAGACUCCUAGUGAUGGGCAGUACAAAGGUCAUAUAGAUGUGGGACAGGGUGAGAGUUAUUUGAUUUCUCCCGAGUCGUCUCCUCAAACUAAUGACGAUAACGUAUUCAUAUCGCCAAACAAACUCCGUACAACAGAAGACCUUUUUGCUGUGAUUCACAGUUCUAAGAACAUGGCAUUUGGAAAAAGAGCUUUUGAGCUACAAAAUAAAAGAUCAAAGAGGAAACUACUUGGGAGGAAAGAUUCUGAUGAAGGGCCGAAUGUAAACAAACCAAGAUCAUCCCCUGGCAGCUCCCCUGGGACUCCUCCAGCUGUCCAGAAACAGCCUGGCCCUAUUUAUAGGAGUGUCCGCAAAUCCAACACCUCACAGGAGGAGUUCAAACUACUGCUGCUCAAAAAAGGCAGCCGGUCAGAUUCAAGCUAUCGACUGUCAGCAACAGAAAUAUUGAAAAGUGCAAGCCCAAUUUCUCCCAAGUCCCCUGGAGAUGUUUUCCCAGACCAGGCUAAAGAUUCCGAGAACAUUUCCCCUUUCCCUUCUGGAUGUGAAAUGCAGUUCCCAAUUUCACCGUACUCCCCAAGGCUUACUACAGAAGGGAUCUCCUCCAGGAGCUUCUCCACCUCACUAUCUUCCAGACCUAGCCGUUCUCGAGCUCCACCGGCAGCAGGCAGCAGUCGCUACAGCGCCCGCAGUCGCCUUCACAGUGCACCAAUGCAAGUCAUCUCUGAAGGAGAAGCUGAAAACUCAGAUGGAAGUCUACAUGAUGAUCGGAGCUCGCCCACAUGAUGAUAAGAUGCAGAAUGACUAACUGGGGCAGCAACAGUGGUAAAACAAACAUGAACAUGCAUGCGGUUCAGUUUAGCGAUGUUUAUACUGAGAGGUUUAUCAAAAGCAAGGCAAGUUAUAAACACUUAAGAAAAAUAUAUAAUGCUGCCCAAGGUAUUAACAAAAAAUAACUACUGAAAUAAUAGAUCCCUUAAUUGUUUCUCCAAAACUGCUAGUAAUUUGAUCAGUAUAAACUUUGAUUAAAUAAGCUACUUUUUCAAAUUUGGCUAGAGUAGAUCAUGAAGAGACAUUUUGAUUCAUUAAUGAAAGAAAAUCAAAGGCUAUGUUUUCUGAAUUUGGGUAAAUAUUCAAUUCAAAACUCUUAAGAUGAAUUCUGCAACAUAGUAUGCACUGUUGUUCCCUUUCAUGUGUCAUGAGGGAGUACCAUUUUCCUGGUAUGAUAAAACAGGUACUUAAGGAAAGGACAGUUGUGAAAAAUGGACAUUGCAGUUCUUGGUAUUCCAAAUAUGAUUUUCUAAACACUACAUGAAAGAUUCUGUGAUAUGUGUAGCACAGAGUUAGAAACUAAUGUAAAUAUCAUUUUUAGACAGUUACAGAGAGUAUUAAUCCUUUGAGCCAUGAACAUUCUUCAACAUGUGCACCAUCAGUGUUUUCUGGGAACAAAGUGAUACUAUACCUUAGAGAGUAAGACAAUGAUAGAUGAGGUAGCGCAUGAGCAGAUACAUUUACUCAAAUACAUACCAUGCACAUAUCAUUUUAUCCCCAUAUCAUAAUACAGUAGGUAUUAUGCUUCAGAAUGACCCCUUUGAAAUUGUAGCAUCUUGUCAUCCACAAAUCACAAUUAAGAUAUAUUGUUGUGAUAAUUAGUUUAAAAAGUAGCUUCUACAUUCUCAUAAAUCCAACCAAGAAUUAUAUAUAUACAUGAAUGUGUAAGUAUCAUACAGAUGCCUAGUUUUAAGAGCUUAAUAUUCUAUAUUUGCUCAAACAGUCUUCCAUCAUAGCCUAAACUUUAAUUAACUUCUAUUGUUUACUGAAGAAAUAGGAUUACACUCAAAGGAUUAAUAUGGUACUACCUAAAUCAUAAACAAUAUUACUUUUUUUUGAACUUUACUAAAGAUCAUUAUAUUGUACAAAUAUAAAAAAGAAACCUAAGGAAAUGGUUAUUUUUGUGAUUAAAGUUGAAUUACCUGUGUAUAGACACCAAGAAUUGCAUGCUUGCAAAAAUGGCGUCAUUUAAAACAAUAUAUAAGCAUUUUCAAAACCACAGUAAUAUGCGGGGUUUGGUUGGGGCAGAUGGGGGUGAUCAGAAGAAAAAUAGUAAGCCUUUUUAACAAGGUUUUGACAUUCUUUACAAGAUACUCUACCACUAUAUUGAAAAAGCAUAAGUUACAAGUGUUUAACGCACAGAUGUCAGUAACGGGAUUUACUGAAAAGGCAAAGAGACAGUUUUCUGUAGUUUUAAGUUCUUUAAUAAAAUGGGUUAGAAGAGCAGUAGGUACAUGGGGGCAAUUUUAACCUAAGCCAUUUGUUCACCUGCUCCAGUGAGUUUCCCUCCUGUCGAGAUAGCUUGUUAUGAUCCCCUUAUAGGUUUUGGGAAGGAAUUGGUGACAGCGUAAACUUAGAAGAAUGGAUAAGAUAGAGGAGCCAUUCAUGUGUAUUGAAAAAUGUAAUAUUCAAAAAGUGCGAAGUGGAUGAGUAACUGUGAGAGAAGAACGAUAUGUGAAUGGGUAAGAAAAUGGGGUAUUUCUAAAGUGCAGAUUGAUCCAGAGAUGUUCAGUAAAGACAUUUUGCCAAGAGGACUGUAAUCCCACUUUGACAAUGAAUGCUGAAGAAUUGUAGAGCAGUGUAGAUGCUGAAAAUAGCUACACUGAAGACUGGGGAACAAUCCCAGUGUAGAAGAGAUAGUGGCAAAGCUAUAAACAUUAAUUGUUCAAAAUUGUAAGUAUAUGUGGCACCAUAAGAUGAGUUUCUUUGGUUAUAUGAACUAUGUAAAAUAGAACAAAGCACCAUUGUUCUGUUUAUGGAGUGAUUGCUCAUCAGCCUUGGUCAACUUAAGUUUGAAGGCAAUGACUGUUAAAAGUCACAGCAAUCGUAUCUGGCCAGUUCAACAAAAGCAACAACCAUGUGAAAUAUCAGGAAAAACUGCAAAUGAUGGAACUGGAAAUGAGAACAGAAAGUGUUGAAAAUGCAUAACAAGACCAGUCGGCACUUGAUAGUCAGUUAGUUAACAAUUGAAAGGAGAUUAUCUGGUUAAAGAAACAGGGCUUCCCUUGGAAUGUUAACCUUGUUUUUAUCAUGAUGCUGAUGAACCUGAAGUACAUGGAAAACUUGGAGGGGAAAAAAAUUCUGCCUGUUGAUAAGGUUGCUUCUGUGAUAUCAGAUAUUUCAUUCCUGUAUGUCAAAUUCUACAUUAUUUACAAUAAUCCCCAUCUAACGAAUGAGCACAAUUUAUUGUGUAAUUUGAAAGCUUUGUAUCACUGCAGGUGGCUGAGUUGGGCAACACAUUCAGGAUUUUAAUUACUUGCAGUGUAAAGCUCUCAAUAAAAAGCAGUGUUCUUCAGCAAAAGAUUAUAUAUCAACUCAUGCACUGUUAUAAUAGCAACAGUCUUGUGCCAUAUCUUUCUUUUCCCUGGACAGGUGGCUACAUGAAAAAAUACAAAAAUGAAGAAAAAUCUUUCUGGACAAUUUACUUGUUAAAAUAUAUGAAGCAUAGUUGCGAGAAGAACUGCUUAGUUUUUAUUUAAAGCACUCAUACUGAAUGCUCUGACAGCACUGCCAUCUUUGAACAAGGUGAUCUAAUUAUGUUGUAUGAAUUACUUUUGUGAAACAUCAUUCCAAUAUGUGUGUUCUGUUGUUUGCACUGAAGUGUAAGACAGUGAGUGUUUGAAGUUCUGCAGCUGCUUUCUUAUAGUAUCUGAUGAUUCCUAAUUUAUAUUGGCUUUCUUUCUGUUAUUUUGGCAUAUAUAAGACAAUUACAAGGUUCUGCACAGUUUAAAUAAAAAUGUAUACGGUCUCUUAAGGAAUAAUGCCUAGGGUUUUGCCAAAGGUUGAAUGAAUGCAUCUUAACUGCAUAGUUGGCAGAGUUAACAAAAUAUUGGUUUUGGUUUAUUGUAUAAAAAUAAAUAUAAAAGAAGGUUACAGUGUAACUGUAUUGGUACUAGAACCAGUCCAAUCUGGAAGACAAGAAUGGUUUAUGGAUUUGCAGCCAUUUUAUAAUUUUUUUGUAAUAUUUGUAAAUAUGGACUUUUUAAAAUGCCGAGAUGCUUUUUUGUAAAAUGUUUUCAAAGUUUACAAUUAAUUUCUAAGCCUUUGUAUAUUUUAGAGCUGUGCAACACUUUUAAGUCUUGUAUUUAUUUUUAGUAAAAAUUGUGAAUCUUUCCCUGUGAAUUCUCCCCAAGUACAGUACAUUUGGCCAGUCAAGUCUGGCUGCUUUGACAGUGUGCAUAGAGCCUGACAAUAAAUGUGACUGCAUUUGAU